GGAUUGAGCUAUUUGUGUUUUGCGCUUUGAACUUUGGCUUCAGAAAAUAGAUGUAAAAGGCAUCUCUAGUUAUACAAUAUUACCACAGACUAGUAAUCUGUGAUAUUACUCUCAGCACUCUGAGUUCACUGCCUAAUAUUAGAUCUAUGGUCUAUGUAUGCCCUAACCAAAAAAAAUUAAAGAAGAAAAAGGCAUAAAUUUAUUAUACAAGGUCUAUGUAAAACAUAAAAGGGUUAAUUUUUAAGGCAUUCGUUAUAUAAAAAAUAGCAUAAACUUUAACAUAAUAGAAAGAAAUGUCAGGAGAAGACAAGAUUGCAGAUAGAUCUCUUAUGAUCUUUGGAAGAGAUGUUUCAAAAAUACCUUGUUUUAGAAGUACUAUGUUGAGUGGAAUUUUAGGAGGCACGGGAUGUGGACUUGGUUACUUCAUGUUUACCAGUCGAGUGAAGGCUUCAUGUGAUGUUGCUAUGGCUUGUUUUACUUUUAUAACUCUAGGAUAUUGGGCACAAUGUAGGUACACAUAUUCGAAGACUAAAUUCGAAAUGAUGAGAAUGCAGGAAGCACUUGCUUUAGCUAACUUAUAUGAAGGAACAGAAAUUGAAAGAAAAAUAGAUGCUGGUGAAAAAGUAGACAUUUAGGUGAUUUAUGUACCUAUUAGAUAGAUUCAUAUUAUUAAUAUAUUUUAUUUUUGAAUGUAUAGAUGAAACUUUGUAGGCACAUAUUCUGCGUAAACCUUGUUGCAACUGAGUGAAAAUUCACAAUUAACUUAAAUCUUAUCCUUAAGAAAACUGGUUGAUUCUAAAUAAAUGCAUUGAUGUAAUACAAA